AUGUUUUUUCAAAGGCCUAAGUUCACUGCGCUCGCAGUGGGCUUGCUUUUUUCUAUUUCCACUACAGUGAAUGCUGUACCAAGCCUGGAACCCAGACAAAUCCCUGCCAAUGCCACUGACGUGACUACUAUCAAAUCGCCCACAGGCGUAACCAUUCGCUACAAAGAGCCUGGCAAGGCUGGCGUCUGUGAAACGACUCCUGGUGUCGGAUCAUACGCUGGCUAUGUCGACCUCUCUCCAACUUCACACACAUUCUUUUGGUUCUUCGAAGCGCGAAACAAUCCAGAAACGGCGCCCCUUACGCUGUGGUUGAAUGGUGGUCCCGGUAGUGACUCUUUAAUUGGCCUCUUCCAAGAACUCGGACCGUGCAACGUCACCCAGAAUCUAACCACCGUCGUGAACGAAAACUCGUGGAGCGAAGUAUCGAACAUGCUGUUCAUUUCCCAGCCACUCGGAGUGGGCUUCUCCUACUCUGAAGAAGAGGCCGGUAGCUUUAAUCCGUACACCGGCGAGCAAGAGAACUCGAGCUACGGAGUGACAGGAGAAUGGCCGGUGAUCAACGCUACAGAGCUCAGCACGACAGAUCUCGCUGCUGUCGCUACAUGGCAUGUUCUUCAAGGCUUUCUCAGUGCUCUCCCUCAAUUGGACGGCAAGGUCGCCAGUAAGACGUUCAACCUGUGGACCGAGUCGUACGGUGGUCAUUAUGGCCCUGCAUUCUACAACUACUUCUACGACCAGAACGAGCUGAUUGCUAAUGGCACGACGACCGGCACGCCCCUUAUCUUCGAUACUCUAGGCAUUGGCAACGGCAUCAUUUCUGAGUCAAUUCAAGCCCCUUGGUAUCCUGAAUUCGCUGUGAACAAUACCUACGGGAUCAAAGCUGUCAAUGACACUGUUUACGAGUACAUGAAGUUCGCCUGCUACAUGAUCGGUGGUUGUCUUGAUCAAUGUGUAGAAUGCGAACAAGUAAACAGGUCAACAGACGUGGGAAUGCAAACAUGCUUUCAAGCCACCGACCAGUGCAGGACCAACGUCGAAUCCCCCUACUACAUGUACAGCGGCCGCGGAGUCUACGACAUCCGUCACCCCUACAGUGAUCCCACACCCCCUACUUACUUUGUCGACUAUCUCAACCUCGCUUCCACCCAAGCCGCCCUGGGCGUCAACUUAAAUUACACAGACUCCAACACCGAUGUUUAUUACGCCUUCCAAAAAACGGGCGACUUCGUUUACCCAAAUUUCCUCACAGACCUCGAAAUGAUUCUGGACAACUCCGUUCGUGUAGCUAUGUACCACGGCGAUGCUGACUACAUCUGCAACUGGUUCGGCGGGCAGGCCGUCUCCCUCCAAAUUGAUUACACGCACUCGGCAGAAUUCCGCGCUGCAGGCUACGCGCCCUUUGUCGUUGACGGGACUGAGUAUGGCGAAGUGCGGCAAUAUGGGAAUUACAGCUUCAUGCGUAUAUAUGAAGCAGGUCAUGAAGUCCCGUUCUACCAGCCGAUCGCUUCACUGGCUAUGUUCAGCCGUGUGCUCGGGAACUUGGACAUUGCGACUGGCGAGACGGUGGUGACGGGGAGUUACGAGACGAAUGGAACGGUCAAUGCGACACAUACUGAGCCAUAUGUCGCGAUUCCGACCGUUACGGGGAAUGGAAGCUCGCUGUUAAGCUAUACAGCAGCGAUUACGGCGCCCAUUACGAGUGUGCCACCAGAGGGGGAUCAGGUGGUGGAGACGGCGAGUGCGACGGCGACGGAUGGAGUGUAUGGAAGGUAUGUGAGAAGGGAGUUGGAUUUGAAGGGGUGA